UUUUAGUUCUAAUUAGACAGCAUAUAGUGCGAAAAGUUUGUGAUCAUAAUGAGGAUUCUUGAAUCGUCGGAUGAUGAGCCAGAUUUGGGGUUAGAAUUACAAAUAUCCGAAACAAGUUCAUCAGUAACGGAUGAAGAAUCAACUCUUCCGGAUGGGAUAUUUAUUGUUCAAGAGAUUAUUGAUCACAAAUGUUAUGGUGAGUUACGACGUCGAAAAUUGAUCGAUCGACGAAAUGUUUCUCAGAACACUCCAUUUUUCCGUGUUCACUGGAAGGGUUUUCCUGGUCAAGAUACUUGGGAACCAUCGCAAUCCAUUCAACAUGUUGAUGUUUUCAAAGAAUAUGCGCGAGAGCAUAAUCUCAUUCAUUUGAUUCCACCUAGCAGCGAUAGCAGUGAAACAGAAUCCGUAAAUAUUGAUGAAAGAAGAAUGGAAGAAGUGGAUGAAGGAAUGGAUUCUGUGACUGAUAAUGAAAAGUGUCCAAGAGAAAAAUCAAAGAUUCUGACUGAUUCAGAAGUCGAAGAGGAAAGUGAUGAAAUAGUGAAUUCAAGAGGGAUUAAACGAAAACGUCAACGUCAUGAUUAUGAUGAUAUAGUGAAAUGUCCUCGAAGGAUGGAUUAUAAAAAGACAUGGUGGUUUCGCUCCAGCGAAAAGAAGAAUUUUGAAUACCAAAAGUUAUUCAUUCGUGAAAGGAAGCAUGAUAUGUCCUGUGCGUCGAGUCGUCAAAUUGUGAGAAAGAAAUCAGGAAAAAACAACAAUCAUAUACCUCGUAGAUUGAUUAGAAAAUACAUCGAAAUGACCGCUGAUGGAUUUACUGCUACAACUAACCGUACUCGAUCUGUCUCGCCAAUAAUUGACAAAGUGUUGCGAAAGCAGCAAUUUUAUGGUGUGAUUGAUGAUGGAAAUUUUCGUGAUGAUCAGAACUUUUUAAAAGGAACAAAAAUAUCCGCUGCUAUAGCACAAUCGGAAUUAGCAUUUGUGGCCAAAAAAUUAGAAGAAAGCUGUGUUCUUCGUAUAUUUUGGAUGAAAAUUCGUCAGUACAAUCUUCAGUCACCUUUACAGCAAAUACGAAGAGCAAAAGCAAGUGAAUUAAACCAUAUUCUUUUUAGGAUUAUUCAAGAGAGUAAAGAUUUCGAGAAGCAUUAUCUUCUGUUGCGCAAGUGUUUAAUAGAACAAAACGCGUUUGAAUUUCUAAAGCAGUUACGAAUAAUGAAGAGAUGGUGUAUUUCAGCAUCUGAAAAUUUCGAUGAAAUUGUUUUCGCCUUGUUUACAGCCAAUGAAAAUAUUUCUAAAUUUGUUCAGAUGUUAUCCGAUAAUUGCUAUGCACCAAAACAUCAUAGAUGUGGGAUUUUCAAAAUUUCAUUAUCAUGCCUUUCAUUGGAAUAUCGAGCAAAAUUAUUUGAACGCUUAAAUUAUGAAACAAAACACCGCCUUUUCGAUAUUGUCAUAGAGAUAGGCUGCAAUGGUGGUGGAUUUUGUUUUCUUGAUACACUAAUCAAAUAUGGUAUUAAUAUUGGUUGCACGAAAAUUCAUCAUAUCCAACAAUGCGUGCUGAAUGGGAAUGAACAAGCAGCAUUACAUUUGAUUUUAAAUGGUUUUGAAGUAAAACGUAUCAAGGAAUUACCUGAUAAUAAUUUACAUGAACAAGCUUGCAAGAUUAUGGAUUCGAUAAAUACUUAUUUGGAUCGUCUAAAUUUAGCAAUUCAGUGCUGGACAAUGGCGUUAUUGAAAGAGAAUAGUAUAGAGUUCACAAAUGACACUGAUAAUUUUCCGAUAUCAAAUAUUUGUUUACAUCGUAUUGGUCAGAUUGAUCAAAACAUAUGUCUAAUUGUUUCAUCGAUUAAACCGUUGUCAACAACGACAUUUUCAUCUAAAAAUUCACAUGUAUUGGUUAUGCAUUCAUUUAAUUUGUCAUCAGCUGAUGGCAUUAUGAAUAUUAAUAUUCACCAACGUCAUUUCCCUGUUCAAUUUCAUAAGCAUUUACAGUACGUAUGA